GGGUUCUUCACAUAAAAUUCGCCAUAGCUAGGGUUAUAGUUCAUCUUCCCAGAGCUCAUACACACACACGCAGAAAUGAAGACGAUCCUAUCCUCCGACUCCAUGGAUAUCCCCGACGGCAUCAAAAUCAAGGUUAGCGCCAAGGUGAUCGAGGUCCAAGGCCAGAGGGGAACACUCUCCCGCAACUUCAAGCAUCUAAAUCUGGAUUUCCAGCUCGUCACUGACCAGGAAACCGGGAAGAAGAAGCUGAAGAUCGAUGCCUGGUUCGGCAGCAGGAAAGCCACCGCCUCCAUCCGCACCGCGCUUAGCCACGUCCAGAAUUUGAUCAACGGUGUCACCAACGGCUACCGUUACAAGAUGCGUUUCGUUUAUGCUCACUUUCCGAUCAACGCUUCCAUCACUGGCAGCGGCACCGCCAUUGAGAUCCGCAACUUCCUUGGCGAGAAGAAGGUGAGGAAGGUUGAUAUGCUCGGAGGGGUUUCCAUUGUGCGGUCUGAGAAGGUGAAGGAUGAGCUUGUUUUGGAGGGCAAUGACAUCGAGCUUGUUUCUAGAUCAUGUGCUUUGAUAAACCAGAAAUGCCAUGUGAAGAACAAGGAUAUUCGGAAGUUCCUUGACGGUAUCUACGUAAGUGAAAAGGGGGCUAUAGCUGUUGAAGAAUAACUUAGUAUCCGAGCCUAGUAUCCUCAAGCUUCCUUCCGAUCACCCAGAGACCGACCUCUGCCCGUUGAAUUCGGAACCAGAUGCGUGCCCUGUGAAAUGCUUCCGCCACGACCCGGUCUGUGGCGUCAACGGCGUCACCUACUGGUGCGGGUGCGCAGAGGCUCACUGCGCCGGGGCGCGUGUGAAGAAAUCCGGGUAUUGUGAAGUCGGCAAUGGCGGGUCGGGCCCCGCGGGUCAGGCGCUUCUGUUGGUUCACAUCAUAUGGCUGAUCUUGCUCGGCAUAUUUGUGCUGUUUGGGAUGCUUUGAUCCGAUUCGGAGGGGGUUUUCCUUGUUACUUCUCUUACAUUUGGAAUUGAGGUUAGAAUUCGGCGCUUUAUAUUGUAUGUAUAUUGAUAUGAGUGGUUAUUUGUUGUAUUCUUUGUAGUGGAGGAUGAUGAUGAAUUGAUGAUGAUUCUUUUCUAUAUAAGUAUACCUGUUGAUUCUGGAAA